AUGGUCUCCGACGAUGGCGACGAAGUUGACGACUGCACGUUUGUCAUGUUCGGCCUCGCGCUUUUCUUCGCCUGCAUCCCGGUUCAGCAACGCGUAAUUCCCAGAGUUGAAGUGCAAAUAAACGCAAACAGAACAAUUUGGUCACGAGAUCCGACGCUUAAUGCCAAAGUGCAUCCAGAGCAAGUCCCGACGGAGAGUUUGAUCUUCUUCGGCGUCACGGUUCCAGUGACAAUCAACUUGCUGAUGAACUACGUGCUACCGAGGACAUUGAAGGUCCGACUUUUGCUGACAGAGUUCACUAAGAACCUCACUGGACGGUUCCGUCCGAGCUUCUACGACAUGUGCGGCUGGCAGUACGACGUGGUGUGGGAUGGCAACACCAACCUGUGCACCGACCCGGCAGGUGAAAAAGAGGGACGGAAGAGCUUUCCAUCGGGCCACGCUUCGUUUGCGUGGUCUACGAUGCUCGUGUUGACGCUCUAUUUGCUUGGACGAUCGCGUCUCAACUGCAGAAAUCGCAGUGAGUCUGCAGUGCGAGGCGGUCGAAAGAUGCUGAAGCUCAUGCUCUGCUUUGUGCCAUCCUUCGGGGCUGCAUGGGUGGCAGUAACUCGAACUAUCGACAAUUGGCAUCACUACGCGGAUGUUUUAGCUGGUAGCAUAAUCGGAGCCGUGUCUGCGUGCGUAUCCUACAGCUACAACUAUGGUUCUGUAUUCAGUUGGGACUCUGCGGGCGUCCCUCGUCAAGAACUCCAUUUCAACCGUUGUUUCACCAAAUAA